AUGCAUUCGACCAAAACCAAUUCGAACUUGAACUUGAACUCGAACUCGAACUGUAACCAGUCCAACAUUCCAAUUCCAAUUUCAAUCCUUCCCACCGUCAACCGCAAUUAUAUAACAUCGACCGCUGCUGUGAAUAAGAAGCACCGUCGGGCGGCCUCAUUUCCAUUCCCAACAACCACAACCACAAUUCCAACACUCACAACACAACCACAACCAUAUUACCACAGCUUGACUUCAAACGUCGUGAAUUACUCGAACUCGCCGCAACAGGAUUUAUAUCAACAGGCUCUUGAACGCUCUACUGCAAUCUCUAACAGAUCCUUGUUAUAUCCUGCUUCUAUUAAUACCGGCGCAAUUUCCUCUCACGCUCAAGCUACUCCUUCUUCAUACCUAGAUUUGCAAUCUCCAGACUAUUUGUAUUCCUAUUACUACUACAAUCAACCCAAGAUGGCUGCCUACCCAAGAGACAUUCCAUCCUGGACCGGUCAACAGGCCUCCUAUUACUAUACCGCUUCCCCCGCUUCCCACAUGCCUCCCACUUCUUCCCCAAGAGCACUCACUGCUCCAAGGUCAUCUCCACCUAUGUAUGACCAAGUACUUCCAACCAUGCUGCCCUCACCCAUCCCAGAAUCGUACAUGCACCACACAUUCCGAGACUUCGCUUCUCAUGCCUAUCGCUGUGACGUUUGCUACGACCCACUCCGGGUUCACCUAGAGGGACGACAACUCUGCUCUAGGGGACACAAACUAGCCAGGAAAGUCUCGAAAGCACUCUACGAGGAAGCCAAUGAUCAAUACCGUCGCUCGAAGACCACCCGACGAAGAGCAGAUGGCUGGCAAUCUAUCGAAGUAGAUAUCCCGAAGGGAUGCGAAGUCGUCCGCGCUCUCAUCAACGCUAUGGAGAGGGGGCUUAAUAUCAACUCUCGCCCAGAAGGCACUACUGCUACUACUUCGGUUCCAGCUACUCCAGCUACUCCAACCACAAGGACAUAUUUUGAUGAUGCCAUGCUCGCUCAGUACCAACGCCGACCUGGCCCAUCUUCUGAUGAGGAGCUCUACUCCCGUUCUCGCUCUCGCCAUCGUGAGGAGCCGGAAGUCGUUGUUCGCUCCCGCUCCACAAAACGUAGCUCGUCUGUUGGAAAUGCCGGACGCAAACCAGUCGUCAUCGGAAUCCAAGAGCGAGAACGCCGACCAUACGGCGGUGCCAGCUCCAGCAACGGAUCUACCGACAGCGGUUAUGAUACCGCUCCAGGGUCUCCUGAUAACUUCCGCCGAGGUUCUCAAUACGCCGAGGACAUGAAGCGCCGUAAGGAACGCCCAAAGUCUAUCCUCAAGAAAACAGUCUCCUUUGAACGGGAGCACCUUCUUGAAAGAGACCCAAAAACCCCACGCUCCCCCACCAAGACAACCAACCAAGAGAAAUACGUAUUCUUCAACAUCUCUGGAGAAUGCCUUGCCCCCGGCUUCGACUAA